AUGCUUUGUUUGAGGCAGGUUUGCUUGUUUACACAGAGAUAUUACCAAGCUCGGACUCUGAGUAGUGAUCUGCUUUUGAGCCAGAUAAAUAGCUGCACCCAUGAAGAUGAAGUGUUCAGCCUUGUUGGAAGAAACAAGUCCAGGCUUUCUGAAAAACAUGUGGGAAUUGCAUUGAACAUGCUGUGGCAAUUGCAAAAGAAGAGGCCUCUUCUCUUAAGGACUACUGACUAUAUAAGAAAUCACUCCCAGUUUCUUACCCUUUGCAUUUUAGCAGAAAACAAGGUGGAACACAUGGAAGAUGAGGCCAUAGUGGACACCCUAUAUAGUAUUCUGAGGCUCAAUGUUGAAGACCACAAUUCUCUAGCAGAAGUGCUUGUUACAGAAGCAUGGAAAAGAUUAGAAAGCCUUAGUUUGCCAGCUCUGUCUAAAUUUGCACUGUGCUUAUACAAGCAACGCAGACAUUGCAGUCCCGUAAUUGGCAAAGUAGCUCAUAUUGUGGACAUGAAACUGGAUUCUAUACAGGAUAUAAGGGUCUUGUCAGUUUUGAUGAUCAGCAUAUCUGAUGUUAUCUCACAGAGUUUUCGAGAUCGAUUACUACACAAGGCUGGACAGCUCUUGGAAGAAAAGGAUGAAGUCCACUUCAACUAUGCCAAAAGAGUACUACAGUUUCUUCAAAAUGUUAAACUGAGAUAUCAUCCAUUGCUAGAAAAAUGCAACAAGAUUUUCCUUAAAAGUGCCUCCCGUCUUGAUAUACACAGUAUUAGUCUUAUUUUUGGACUGUAUGAGCAGCUGGGUUUUGACAAUGCUGAAUUCCGCUUGGUUGCUAAACAGCUGCUGUCUGAAACUAUAGCUGAUUAUUAUGAUCCUGAAACCUUCGCAAAAUUAUUUUUUAGCCUUGGGCCUAUGGCAGGAUCCAAGAUAAGAGAAAGGUUGCUAUUAACUGGAGUGCAGAUGGCAGAAGAAUUCAGCAGUCAGCAAGUGUUGGUAAUACUGAAGACGAUGCAGAAAAUGAAAUGCAGAAAUUCUCAUCUACUCAAAAAAAUGGCUUCUGUUCUGCACAAACACUUGGAUAGCUAUCAUGUAUUACAGUUGGUAAAGUUAACGCAGUACUUGGUGGCGUUGCGUUGCCACAAUCUGGAGCUGUUUGCCAAACUAAAAAUGUUGCUAUUUGGCUUUUUAAAAUCUAGUGUCAUACCUUCUGAUACCGCUGCAAUAAUUCGUGUUCUGGCCAUGCUUCCUUCCUUUCAAGUGGAAGAAAUCAUUAUAAACAAGGCAGCAGCAGCUCUGCCUCAAUGCAGGCUCCAUCAUUUGAAUUGCAUUGCUACAGCUCUUGUCAAAUGGAAUCAUUAUGACCAGUUGAACUGGCAAAACAGUUCUGAGCUAUGUAUAAAGCUUCUGCAAAAACUAAAUGACUCUGGAUUUCAGAGGCUUCAGAAAGCCAACAACUUAAAUCUCCUGUUGGAAGAACUUACACGUGUCAAUGGAGAGUGGUUUGAAGAAGUCCUCAGUGAGGAAACUAUGGCCAUGUGUCAACGCUUGAUAAACCAAAUAACAGGGGCAAAUGUAUUACAGUUGUCUUUUUUUCUCAUAAAAACAAACCACCGUUGUCCUUCAUUACUUGACAGAAUAGCUUCUGUGACUGUUGAAAAUAUAGGCAAGAUCCACCCCUUUGAAAUCUAUUUUAUUCUCUUCCUUUUCUCUGCUCUGAAUUAUGACCCUCCUGCCAAUGAAGAGUUCUUUGAGAGAUGUAUCCAACAUCUUACUUCUAACUUGAGUUGUUUUGAAACUCACCACUUGGUGCUGCUUGGUCAUGUUUUGGCAGUGGCUGGGUAUUUUCCUCCAGUUCUGAUAACGAGGAUAUUUAAUGUUUCUUUCCUAAGCAAAUUGGAUGCUCAACUUGAAGUCCUGCCUGAUACCCUAAAGCGGAGGGUCCGCUCGAACCUCAUGAAAUUGAACAGAGCAGUCUGUCUCGAAUGCCCGGAGUUUCACAUCCCUUGGUUUCACGAGCGCUACUGCCAACGUGCCUUUCGUAACAGCAGUAGCCGAAUAAAUCCAUUGCGACAGCAUGUUCACAGAAUGCUGACAGAGAUCUUAGGAGGGAGCCAUUAUGCAAGAAUAUCUGUUCUCACACCAUACUACUAUGAAAUAGAUUUUGAGUGCAUUCUGGAUGAAAAUAAAAAGCCUCUUUCCUAUAUGGCUCAGAGUAUACCUUUGGAUGAUGUGGAGAGAACACACUUGAGACAUGACAUCAAGGAUGAAGGGAGAAAGGCUCUGCCACCAGGAGCUGAGAGAAUUGCUUUGGAAUUUCUUGAUUCAAAAGCUUUUAGCAAAGAUUCACGUCACCUGAAAGGAGAACCUGCAGUGAAAAAACGACACCUGGAAAUGCUGGGGUACCGGGUAGUUCAGAUUCCUCACUUCGAAUGGAAUUCUAUGGUUCUGUCAACAAAAGGUGAACAGCUAGAAUAUCUGAGAAAGCAUCUGUAUGGCAUACAGUGA